AUGGACUCGCUCAAUCUCACCGCACAGCUUACCCGAGAGAGCACGCGCAGACCGGACCUUCGGACUGACAACCAUACCGAGCCUCCGACUGCCGGGAAGGGCUUGAUCAUCGUCGAAGACGGCAAGAAGUACUACCAAAGCCUCUUCAAAGCUCUCUACAAGGCGGUUGCUGGGGAGGUAUGGGUCAGCAUCGCUAUGAUCGGCACAUCAUACGUCGGCCGGAUCUGCUCCCCUUUGAUCACCCAACAACUCAUCAACCAGAUUGGCCGGGCUCAUGCUGGACAAUCAGCCCCUGUAGGCCCAAUGUUCGCCCUGGCAAUCGGCAACUUUCUGCUCCUCCUUGUGGCCGCCUGGCUCGAAUUCCACUCGGACGUCAGAACAACCCAGAUGGGGAUCCGACUUAGAACAGCAAUUGUCGACCUCAUCUCCCGCAAGUCAAUGAAGCUCUCCAGCAAAGCGCGGGUCAAAAUGACGAGCGGGCGUAUCAACACGAUGAUCUCCGCAGAUGCCUCCUACAUCGUAAGUAUGGGCCUGCUCAUCUCGAUUCUCGGCUAUCCCGCUCUCGUUGGCCUAGGGGUCCUCCUACUUUCCGCUCCUUUCCAGUGGUACAUGUUCAAAAGGAUGUACUUCUACCGCGAUGCCCAGCAAAAGAUCGUUGAUCGACGAGUACGCAUACUCUCCGAGGUGAUCGGCAGCAUCAGGACGAUUAAGCUGUACUCGUACGAAUCCUACUUCAGCGGCAAGAUUUCCGACAAGCGUAAUGAGGAACUGGCCCAUCUCGCGCAGAACGGCAUCAGUAGGGCCUUUACCACCGCGACCAUGGCAUUCAUCCCCGUUCUUGCUGCCAUGCUCUCCUUUGUCGCCUACGCUCUGACUGGCAACUCCCUCCAGGCCGGGAUCAUCUUCUCCUCCCUACAGUUCUUCAACCUACUGAGAGGCCCAAUUGCCUUCCUUCCAAUGGCCGCGGCAGCCAUUGCAGACGCCCAGUCUGCGCUUUUGCGGAUCGGAGAAAUGCUACGAGCCGAAGAGCAGGUCCUCCAGCUCGAUAUCGACGCAGAUCAACCAUUUGCCAUCGAUGUUGAUGCCGACUUCCAGUACGAGGUCAGUACGACCGUGGUCGAGGAAGACAAGCCGCGCGGGAUACGACAGCGCAUUGCGGCUCUGCGCAAAGGGCCCGUCAGGGUCGACCAAGAUGAAGAUACCGAAAAGCCGGCGCCGCCAUUCUCUCUGCGCGGAGUAAAGCUUCAAAUACCCAGAGGAUCCCUUGUGUGCGUGGUCGGACGUGUCGGUACCGGAAAGACUGCGCUACUCAACGGCCUGAUCAAUUCUCUGCGCAAAACGAGCGGAUACGUCAAAUUCAGCGGAGAGAUCUGCUAUGUCCCCCAGCAAGCCUGGAUUCAGUCUGGUUCGAUCCGGCAAAAUAUCGCAUUCUCCCGAAGCAAAGGGGAUCUACAGCACAUCAUUGAUGCUUGUGCUCUGCAGGAAGACUUGGACCUCUUGUCUGACGGGGUGGACACCGAGGUAGGCGAGAAGGGCAUAACUCUUUCAGGUGGCCAACGGCAGCGGAUCUGCAUCGCCAGGGCUGCCCACGAUACUGCCGAUAUCGUGCUCCUGGAUGACCCCCUGUCAGCCGUGGACCCAAAAGUCGGCCACCACCUCGUACAUCGGUGCAUCGUGAGCGGGCCCUUUGGCAAGCGAACCAGGAUUCUGGUCACCCAUCAGCUGGACCUUUUGCCUCACGCUGACCUCAUUCUUGUCAUGGAUCGCGAUGGCGAGCAGGGCAGGAUAGCGCAGCAGGGGUCUUACACAGAUCUGAUGAAUCAAGAGGGCAUAUUCCGCGACUUGAUCGACGAAUAUGGAUCGCAUUCCGCCGAUACGCCAUCAGAGGUCAUCGAAUCCAAGACAACUGUCCAAGCAGCUGGAGUCAAGAUCCACCUCGACGAAGAGCGAGAGACAGGCGAGAUCGGCUGGGCAGUGUAUUCAGCCUGGUUUACAGCUGUUCGCUCUCGGACGCUCCUCACCACCAUCGCCUUGACCCUGUCCUUUGGCCAGGUCGCCACAGUGGGCAGUUCCCUCUGGCUGGCUUUCUGGAGUCAGGAGACAUUCCGCCUCGCGCAAGGUCAAUACAUAGGCGUCUACGGCGGACUCGGCGCCUUGGUGUUUGUGGCUGCUUACAGCUUGAUGAAGGCCGGACUACGGGCAUCGCGUACACUGUUCGAGAAAGCUUGGAACGGGGGCAUGGCCUCUCCGGCUUCCUGGCACGAUCGGACACCAAGCGGACGUUUGACGGCUACUUGGGGGCAAUUCUUGACGAACGCACUCGGCGUGGUUGGAAUAUUUGGUCUCAUCGCUUAUACGUACCCAUGGCUUUGUUUGGUGUUCGCGCCGCUGCUGGCGUACAUUUACCUCGCUACUGCAUUCUACCGCAAGUCGUCUCGUGAGAUCAAGCGGGUGGAAUCGCUCGUGAGAUCUCACGUGUACAGCUCUUUCGCUGAGCAACUUACCCAGCUCGCCGGCCUGGACGUGAUCAAAGCAUUCAAUUGUCAGCAGCGUUUCGCAACGGAUCUGCAAUACGCAGUGGACCGGCAGCUGGACGCUCAGACUCUGGGAGGUGUUAUGAUGUUCUGGCUGUCUAUGAGGCUGCAGACGUUGUCUUUGUUGUUGAGCUUUCUUGUCGUGGUGUUUGGUAUGGUCUUCCGGUCAACCGUAGACCCGGCAAAAUUCGGUGUAACGCUUGCAUACGCACUGUCUACGGCUACAAUUAUGAUGUUUGCGCGAUGCGAACAGGAGAUGAAUUACGUCGAGCGGGUGAAGCACUAUGGGGAACUGCAGCCCGAAGCGGACGCGCAUCGCUCUGACGAUCCCGAGCACUGGCCGAUCGCAGGCAGGAUCGACUUUGUGGACGUCCAGCUGCGAUACCGACCAGAUCUUCCGGCUGUAUUGAACGGUCUAUCCUUCUCGAUUGAAGCGGGCGAGAAGGUCGGAAUUAUCGGACGAACGGGAGCGGGAAAGAGCAGCGUUGUCAAUGCUCUCUAUCGCACUGUCGAGCUUUCUGGGGGUCGCAUCGAGAUUGACGGCGUUGACACAAAGAACCUCGGUCUCGAGACUCUUCGCGGGCGCUUGAGCAUUAUCCCUCAGGAGUCUUUCCUAUUCGAGGGGACUGUCCGUAGCAAUGUCGAUCCGGCCGGUCUUCGCUCGGAUGCGGAGCUGAACGAGGCCUUGAACCUGAUACACUCGAGCAAUUCCGCCUCCACCAGUUUGAAGGAAAAGUUCCGACUUGACAGCGAUGUCCACGCCGAGGGGGCCAACUUUAGCGCGGGCGAGAAACAGCUACUCGCACUCAUGCGCGCUUUGGCCCGACGGAGCAAAGUCCUCUUCCUGGACGAAGCGACAUCGUCUGUGGACCCAGAGACAGAUGCUCUCAUUCAGAGAAUCAUUCAAGCCGAGUUUGGAGACGUCACAUUACUUUCCAUCGCUCAUCGCCUCCAAACUGUCGCCUACUACGACCGGAUCUUGGUGCUUGACGCUGGGACUGUUGCAGAGUUUGCAAGCCCACUCGACCUCUUUGAUCGACCCGAGUCCGUAAUCCGCAGCCUGUGUGACGUCAAGAACAUCACGCGUGAGGAUAUCGUCAAGAUCAGGGGCGGGUGA